UCCUCUUUGUGGGCAGUUGCUGUAAUGCUUGGACGAAGUACAGCAUUAGUUGCACGACGGGUAGCUUCUCUGUUGUCUUUGAAGCAGUGUGUGUGCACGCUAUGUCGUCAACUUCCAAGGGCUUCUGCAAACAGGCUGACGGCAGAGCCUACAUCAAGUGUGUUUUAUGAACAAAAAAGAUGUUCUCAGAUUGAAGUCUUUGGUCCCCUCGAUCCUCCGAAACAACUGACUUUCAAACAGGUGGAAGAUCGCGUCCUUAAGGCAAUUCGGGCUUGGGAUCGCUGGCCACAGGACAAAAAUGACGUGCUAAACUUAGAUGCGAACUUUGUGAAUGAUUUAGGGUUGGAUUCACUAGAUCAUGUUGAAGUUAUUAUGGCGCUCGAAGACGAAUUUGGCUUCGAAAUUCCAGACAUCGACGCUGAGAAAAUGAAAACACCACGAGAUAUAUUCAAAUAUAUUUGUGAACGCGAAGACGUUUUUGAAUGA